CUCUCCUUAUGUAUACAAGCAUUUCAAAUAGACAGCUUUUUCUUUCUUUCCUUCUCUUUUUCUUUUUUUCUUCUUUACCCCUGAUACAUGACAACCGUGAUAGAUUUUUGCACUCCGGCCGUACCUGGAGAAGUUCAUAAAUACUAUGGUUAUGCACACAAUAAGUUUAUCAAGUUACCUCAUAUCCCGCCUCCUUCUCAGGCACCCAAAAAGACAGCCAGCAAAUCCAAAGAACACAAGACACUUCGAUCCGUAGCACUCUCUGGCAACUUGGCUCUCUUGAGACAGUUUUUGCAAAUGGUGCCUGACCAACUCAAAGCUGUCAACGAUCCUCAUCCCGCUACCGGAUUAACUUGCUUGCACUUUGCUGCUUCUAGAGGGCAUUUGAAAAUUAUUGAAUGCCUCGUGGAAGAAUAUGCUGUACGCGUAGACUCUACAGAUAAAGAAGGAGAGGCAAGUUAGACGUAAUGUCAUGCUGAGUACUGAUAUCUUGUUUAGACGGCUCUUUUGAAAGCAGCCUAUAAUGGUCAUUAUCAUGUAGUAGAAUACUUGUUAGACAGUAAUGCCAAUAUCCA